ACUAGAACAAUAACACUAAGACGUUUUUUUACAUCAAAUAUUUGUUGCCUUUUGAUGAUGAAUGCAUUUCUAAAAUGCUCCUUUUGGAUUAUUCUAAAUUGUCACAUUUAUCAUUUCCAGUUAUCCAGAGAGUAUGAACUCAGAAUAGAGGAAGCUGGGUCGGAUUUGGUGAAUCCAUUUCGAUGUGAUAUAAAGAAAGGAGAAGAGAUUAUAUGGAAGAAAGAUAAUAUUGAAGUGAUCUUCAUUGGCAAUGCCCUGAUUACAACAGAUAAAAGGAUUACAGUUAACAAAGAUUCUUCUACAGAUCGAAGUUUGAAAAUAAGAAAUUUGAAAACUUACGAUGAGGGUAAAUAUGUGUGUAGAAACAGGGACACUCAAGCCAUCAUUAGUGAAUAUCACCUCAUAUUAAAAGCAAUACCUGAGAUACCUAGAUAUAGCGGAGAUAGAGUGAACGUCAGGGAACAUGAUACAACUCAUUUAUGGUGCAAUGCGACGGGAAUUCCACAACCUACCGUCACGUGGUAUGCCAUGGAAGUUACAAAUCAACAGGAAGAACUGUUUAGAGAUAUUGGAAUAAGAGGUAGCAUGCUUGGGAUUCACAAUGUUUCAAGGUUCUGUGCGACUAAGUUCCAAUGUCGAGCAACCAAUAAUUACAGGGAUAAGGCUGCUGUACAGAACAUAACUCUCAAUGUCAAAUUUUUGCCUGAUGUUCAAAUAAAAACUAAGCUCAACGAAGGAAAUUUUAAGGUUGUAUCAUCUUUUGCUGGAAAAAGAGCAGAUAAAGUAGAACUGGUGUGUGACGUUUUAGCCAAUCCGUUAACAACUGUCACGUGGUACAGAGACGAAGUAGAAAUAGGGAGAUACUCGUCAGGAGAGACUAAACCAAAACGAAAUGACAAGGACACGAACAACUAUGUGUACGAAUUGUCCAAUAUCCAGAUAAAUCAAAGGGAGCCCAGAUUUUUGUCUUUUCCACUAAAAUUCACUUUAGAUGCCAAGUAUACAUUUUCUAGGUACAGAUGUGUUGUACUGAAUGAACUAGGUUCAGAAGAAAAUUCUGUAAACGCUGUGCCUAAGCAAAAUUAAAUUAUUCGAAAAAGGUGGCUUUCCCUAUCUGCUGUUGA